AUGGUCGCGAUGAAGCAGAACAACCUCAACGCAAUUCGGACGUCGCACUACCCACGUCACCCGUCCUUCUUCGAUGUCGCGGAUGAGCUCGGCUUCUACGUUAUCAGCGAGGCUGACCUCGAAUGUCACGGCUUUGGUGUGUUCAGUCACUCGGACGAGGAGGCCGCUAGCUGGUUGUCCAGUAACCCAGCAUGGGCAGCUGCUUAUCUCGAUCGAGCGCAGCAACUCGUCGAGCGCUACAAGAAUCAUGCCUCUAUCAUCAUUUGGUCACUCGGAAAUGAGUGCUUCUACGGCACAAAUCACGUGAGAAUGUAUAAAUACAUCAAGCAGCGGGACUCCACGCGUCUGAUACACUAUGAACCUGAUAAGAAUGCGAGCACGGCCGACAUGUACUCGAGGAUGUAUCUAAGCUUGGACGGAAUCGAUGCGCAACUCGCUACUUUCACGGACAAGCCUUUGAUUUUAUGCGAAUUUGCUCAUUCGAUGGGUAAUGGUCCCGGCGGCCUCCUUGACUACAUCAAGAAGUUCAGGUCUGAGCCGCGCAUGCAAGCUGGACUGAUAUGGGAAUGGUCUAACCACGGGCUGUUGGCGCACAACAAGAGAUACAGUGAUGGUCCAGACAUUGGCGAGUACUACGCCUACGGUGGCGAUUUCGGCGAUGAGCCAAAUGAUGCAGAUUUUAUACUCGAUGGCAUGAUGCUCUCGGAUCAUUCGCCAAUGCCUUCGAUCUACGAGUAUUCGAAGACGAUCCAGCCGGUUGAGGUGGCCUUCGACAGUUCUUCCAAGCAGCUCACUAUUACCAAUCACUACGACUUCCUGGACCUGUCUCAUCUCAAUGUCACGUGGUACGUCGUGAUGGAUGGCAACGAAACGAGCCGACAAUCGCUUGAGCUUCCCAGAUUGGCGCCCCAUAGCAAUCAUUCAGUAGCUGUCCCGUCCUUUACGAGCAGCCUAACUGACGAAGCUUGGCUCUUCAUCGAGUUUCGACUACGCGAUUGCAGGAUCUGGGCCAAAGCAGGUCAAGUCGUUGCGUGGGAACAGAUAUAUCUUCCCAAGGCAGCUUCGGCCUUGACAACCCGUCAAAUUGACUGUCUGAACCGUCUUCAGGCGUCGUUGAACAUGAGCCAGACCGCUACACACAUCAAAAUCAGCUCUGCCGAGACUAAAUUUGACUUCGAUCUGCUUCGUGGCAACGUCAGCUGGGAGGACUCCAACCAUGCCAUCCUGCAGCGCGGUCCGGAGCUCAACUUCUACCGCGCCUUGACCCAAAAUGACGUGGCUGGCGACCACCGCGAGUACUGGAGUCAGGCUCGCGUCAACGAGAUGCAUCCGCAGGUGCGCGACGUCUCCUGGUCCUCAGAGCCAUCCACAACAUCCUUCCCAUUCACUCUGACCUACAGCAUGCGCAUCGCACCCAAGGUCCUCGAGUGGGGCUGCGAGGCCGAGCUCAUAUACACCAUCAAUCCGUCCACACCACGCACGUUGAACCUGCACGUCAAAGGCCACUUCGUCGGAAACAGCACGCCUCCGACCCUUCCACGUAUAGGCCUGCUCACAGUCCUGCCCGGCGAGUUCAAUCAGACGUCCUUCUUCGGCCGCGGCCCGCACGAGAACUACCGCGACAGUAAGCAGUCCGCGCGCAUGGGAAACUACCAGAAGUCACUCGACGAGCUGUUCACGCACUACGACUACCCGCAGGAGAAUGGUAAUCGUGGCGAUCUCCGCUGGCUGGAGCUGCACAAUGCCGUUACGGGCGCGACUUUACGAAUCACGAUGCAGGAUGAUCAGGGACAGCAGCGACCAUUUGACUUCAGUGCACGAAACUACUACGCGGAAGACUUGGACAGAGCGCGGCAUCCUUAUGAGCUGGCGUGGUACAGGCGGAAUGAGACAGUGCUUAACAUUGACUAUGCGCAUAAUGGGCUGGGCAGCGCGACGUGCGGGCCUGGGCCGUUUGAAUGGUACCGCCUCAAGCCAACGCCAUUCGAGUUCACUGUGACUUUUGAGCUGCGGAAUUGA